GCGACACUGAAAACAACAAACAUGGCGACUCUGUGAACACGUUUCCUGAAGAGAAACACGAUUAAUCCUCUGAAGACUGCAGCAGAACACAAGGCCUCAGUGCUGCCGUCUCUCCAUCAGGGCGUCAUGUCCCGGCUGGCGGUGGUGUGUGGCGGCUCCAGGGGCAUCGGGGGGGCCGUGUCCCGCCUGCUGGCCGAGAGAGGCUGCAGGGUGGCCGUCGUCUCCAGGAACGAAGACGCCGCCCGAGCCGCUGUGGCAUCUCUGCCUGGAGUCGACCACGUCGCUCUCAGCUGUGACGUCUCCAGAGAGCAGGAGGUCCAGAGGAGCUUUGAGACGAUCCAGAAGACGUGUGGAGACGUCACUUAUCUCGUCAAUGCAGCCGGCAUCAACAGGGACGCUCUGCUGCUGAGGACUAAACCGGAGGACAUGUUGGCUGUUCUUCACACCAACCUGCUGGGUUCCAUGCUGACCUGCAGGGCGGCUCUGCGUAGCAUGCUGCGCACUCCUGGAGCCGCCAUAGUGAACAUAGGCUCCGUUGUGGGCCUGAGAGGGAACGCUGGUCAGUGUGUCUACAGCGCCAGUAAAGCCGGUCUACAGGGCUUCACGCUCUCUUUGGCGAAAGAAGUCGCUUCUCGUAACGUCAGAGUCAACCUGCUGGCUCCAGGUUUCAUCCGCACCGACAUGACGGCCGGGCUGAAGGAGGAGGCGGUCCGCUCCGUCCCGUUGGGGAGGUUCGGCGAGCCGGAGGAGGUCGCCCUGGCUGCUCUCUUCCUGUUGGAGUCGUCCUACGUCACAGGACAGGUGCUGGUGGUGGACGGAGGACUCCAGCUGUCCAUGUAGGAAAUGAAGAGUUCUCUAUCCAUGAAAAACAACACCAGAGAGGCAGGUGGAAACCUCACUGGUGUUUGAGACUGUGGAGGAAAUGGUUUCAAGAAUAAGACGAAGGACAGUGAGCUCUGUGUUUCUGAUGACUGAUGAACAUUUACAUCUAAAACGACUUCAUGGAUGAAGUUGAAUGUUUCUCUGUGGUCACAUGUGGAUUCAGAGUCGUGUCAGCUGUAGCAGUGUGAGAAUGGAUUCAGUGUUUACUAUUAUCGUUACUAAAAUUCUGAAGUAAAAUGAGGCUGCGUUGCAUUUCUUUCUGUCUUUUAGUACAAACUACACCUGCUCUUACAAAGUGCGUACUGUUGUAUAUGUUAUGCAUACAGUUAGGACAUGCUACUUCAUCAUGACGCUGAGCCUUGAACUCAAAGAACUAUUGACUUUGAGACGAGGGAACAGGAAGUGAUAAAACGCUGACUCAUUUCUGGGGUUCAGGACACAUUCCUGCAGCUCUCUAUUGUAUGCAAACUAAGUGUGGCUGUUUGUUUGUGCAGGUCGGACGGCCCAAUAGUGGAGUCUUGAUGAUGCUUUCAGGGCCUUAAAAAAACCUUGAAAACGUCGUAGCCCCGGAGCUCAUGCUACUUUAAUGUGGCCUUGAUUGUAGUAUGAGUACUUGAACGCAACAUAAAUCUUUGCACAGGUUGUUAAA